AUGACUAAUAGGUUGAAGAGCAUAAUAUAUUACUUUUCUAAGCAACUAACAGUAUUAUGUUUAUGUAUUAAGCUUCCUCAACUUCCACUUCAUUUAUGGGGUGCAAAGAGUUUAAGCAAGAUUGGCAGUGCUAUAGGAGUACCAUUGGUUACGGAUGAAUGUACGGCGAGCAAAUUGCGCGUAUCCUAUGCCCGAAUUCUGGUAGAGGUAGAUAUCACAAAAGCACUUACACAUGAAAUUUCCAUCAAAGAAUGCGAAGGAAGAAAGCUAGCUCAGAAAGUGGAAUAUGAAUGGAGACCCUUGUACUGUGACCAAUGUCAGAAAAUUGGGCAUAAUUGCAAGACAAAGAGGAAGGAAAAGGAGAAACAAUGGCUGCCGAAACCUAAACCACUAGAGAAUCAGCUGGAGAAUGAAGGUAAUGAGGGCGUUCCAAAGGUUCAAAAACAGAAUCACGAGAAUGAAGAGGUGGAGGAAACUUGGACUACAGUGGUCACCUCAAAGAGAGAUAAAGGUAAGAAGGUUCUCUUUGGUUCAUCAUCUGAUUCUGAGGAAUGUGUGAAUGGUUUUGAUGCGUUAAAGGUUUCGAAUAACCCUGUCUUGUUCCCCGUAGGGGAUCCAUUUAAGCAAGAGAAAGCCAAUCAGAUUAGACAUAAACUUAAUCUUUAUCAACACUAUGUUGACAACUAUAAUCAUCAUGUAAAUGGUAGGAUUUGGAUUACUUGGGAUGAGAAUAAGUAUAAUCUGCAGCUUGUGUCUAGUACUGACCAGUAUAUGCAUUGUGGUGUUUAUGAUAAAAUGGGUAGUUUCAUGUUUUGGCUGACUGGUAUUUAUGCCCUUAACCAACUUGAAAAGAGAAGAGUCUUAUGGAAGGAUAUGAUAACUCUUCACCAAUCUAUUAGAGGGCCUUGGUGUGCUAUGGGCGAUUUUAAUAACGUGGCAGGGGCACAAGAUAGAAUUGGUGGAAAUAUGGUUGUUGAAUCUGAGUAUAAGGAUUUAUAG